CGCCUGCGCAAUGGUUGAGGUUCCUGUGAGGUUCCCGCCAAUUCUUGCUGUAAGUCUGCGGAGACUUGAGUACCAGCUCCAUGGAGCCGUUUGACCCCUCGGAGCUGCCAGAGCUGCUUAAGCUUUAUUACCGGAGGCUUUUCCCCUACGCUCAGUACUAUCGCUGGCUCAACUACGGCGGAGGUGAUGGCGGCCGGGAGCUGGUGAUAAAGAAUUACUUUCAACACCGUGAAUUUUCAUUCACGUUGAAAGAUGAUAUUUACAUUCGCUAUCAAUCCUUCAACAACCAGAGUGAUCUGGAAAAGGAGAUGCAGAAAAUGAAUCCGUACAAGAUUGAUAUAGGCGCGGUAUAUUCCCACAGACCCAGUCAACAUAAUACAGUGAAGCUGGGAGCUUUCCAGGCUCAGGAAAAAGAACUGGUGUUCGACAUUGACAUGACAGACUAUGAUGAUGUGAGGAGCUGUUGUAGUUCUGCAGACAUAUGUUCGAAGUGCUGGACCCUCAUGACGAUGGCCAUCCGCAUCAUCGACCGGGCAUUGAGGGAGGACUUUGGAUUUAAGCACCGCCUUUGGGUAUAUUCCGGAAGAAGAGGUGUUCAUUGUUGGGUCUGUGAUGAAUCAGUCAGAAAAUUGUCCUCUGCAGUACGAUCUGGGAUAGUUGAGUAUUUGAGUCUUGUAAAGGGUGGUCAAGACGUUAAAAAGAAAGUUCACCUAAGUGAAAAUAUUCACCCUUUUAUCAGAAAAUCUAUUAACAUAAUAAAUAAAUACUUUGAAGAAUAUGCCUUGGUUGAGCAAGAUAUUCUUGGAAAUAAAGAAAGCUGCGAUAAGAUUUUAGCUCUUGUUCCUGAGACAAUUCGUGAUGACCUGCAAAAAAUCUUCCUAAAGCAUCACAGUUCACUUCAGCGUUGGAAGCAUUUGAAGGAGUAUUUGAAGAAGAAUGACAUUAAAAAUGACAAAUGUGGACCGUGGCUUGAGUGGGAGAUCAUGCUCCAGUACUGUUUUCCACGGCUGGAUAUCAAUGUGAGCAAAGGAAUCAAUCAUUUGCUGAAGAGCCCUUUUAGUGUUCAUCCUAAAACAGGUCGAAUUUCAGUGCCUAUUGAUUUACAGAAAGUGGAUCAGUUUGAUCCGUUUACUGUUCCAACGAUAAGCUCCAUCUGCCAUGAAUUAGAUGCCAUUACCACUAAUGAAGCGGAAAAAGAGGAGAACAAAGCUGAAUCCAAUAUCAAACAUAGAACCAGAGAUUAUAAGAAGACCAGUCUAGGUCCUUACAUAAAAGUUUUUGAACAGUUUCUUGAAAACCUGGAUAAAUCCCGAAAAGGAGAACUUCUCAAGAAGAGCGAUUUACAAAAAGACUUCUGAAGAUAACAACUCCCCUCCAACCAAUAUGGAUGGAUAACUUCUACUUUGAACCAAGAAGCAAAUACUUCAGGAGCCACUUAAUAAAUAUGGCAGAUCCAUGUAUGCAUUUAAUGCUCAAAGCAAGAUUUUAUUUUCUUGAGAACUAAUUAUGUUGAAAAGAUUCCUGAGACCACCAAAGGAGAGUGUCCAAGUUCCUGGAAGGAGCAAUAAUGGGAGGAAUAAAUGCAGAUAAUUGUAACUUUUAAUAUUAUACAAAGAUAAUUCUAAGAUUUCUUAUGUAAAUACUCACUUCUAUCAGUUUCCAUAUGUAGAACUAACUGAGCAAUAAUAUGCCCAAUACUUUAAUCUCAACUCGCUGGGCACAGCCUCCAUAUUUCUGGAGUGAAUAUUCUGGAUGAAUGAGAGCUUUGUCCUUAAGUCUUAGACACUUAUGUUAAUUAUACCUGUAGUGUAUAUUCAGUCACUUCUUUGCUUAAUGAUAUUUUUAUAGGUCAGGCCAACAUCCCACUGCCCAUCUUUUAAAAAUCAUUUUAAACUAAGCAUCUAAGCCUACCAAAACUUUAAUUCAAAAGAUGUGAGUUACUAGAUUAUAAUAUUAUGACCUUGUAGAGUAUUAUUUACAACUGCUGCAACUGCUGCUCCUUCCCUUAGGGAACCAUUGGAACCAUUAGAUUAGUCUACAUUGUAAAGAAGCAGCUUGGAAAAAAUAACGAAUUUCAUCAACAUAAAACUGUUGUACUUGUCAAAACACUUGGACUUUCUAUAUAUCCAGAUACUUAAAUUUAAUUAUAAAGUUUUCAUUUCUCCUGCAUUUAAUUUUGUGAUAUUAAAGUGCCAGAUUUCUUUUGUCUGGUUUUACAACCAGUCUAAACAAAACAGCUAUUCUGGUUUGCAUUCUGUCUUCUGAGAAAUACUAGGAAGCAAGCUAUCAGUCUGAUACUUUCCAUGAUUUAUGAAAAGUUUUCCUUCCUUUGCAUUUCCUUUGAUAUUGUUUUCUCUAUAGUCACAGUCUUUUUUUUUUAAUCUUUUGGUUUAUAUAAAACAGUAUAAUGUAGUCAACAUACUGAAAUGCCUUGCGUUUCUUUCUGUUUUCUAAUUGUUUAAGAAAAAUAUUAAAGACAAUUGCACAAAAUUC